UUUGAAUGUUGGUCAACGAUUUUUGAUUUCGAUGCCCAGUGCUCGAUUAGAUAUUACCACGGUAUAAAUAGCUUAAGCUUUGGUUGACAGAGCAUCAGUUGAUUCAGUUACCGAACCAGCUACCUAACCAGCUACCAAACCAGCCACUAAACCAGCAAUGGCAUUCUUCACUUACGUUUACAUCGUCGCGGCAUUCCUCGUCGCCGACUCCAUGCAGACGAACUUCCAGACCUGCAGCGGCCAACCUGCACCCACCAACGUGGUGAUCUCGGGAUGCGACUCGCUCCCUUGCCCUUUGAAGAGAGGUACCAACGUUGAUGGAGCUAUCAGCUUCCGCGUUCUUGAGAACACGAAAACCCUGAAGCCGGUGGUAGACGUACAGCUUGGAGAGAUCCACAUGAAGUACCCACUGCCCCAGCAAAACGCUUGCAAGGACCUCACGAACGCACAGUGCCCAUUGGACAAGGGCGAGACCGUCACCUACCAUCUGAACAUGCCCGUCGAGAAAGCAUACCCGAAAGUUUCCAUGAUCAUCCAACUGGCUUUGGUCGACGAGCUUAACAAGACCCAGAUGUGCGUCAAGAUCCCCGCCAAAGUUGUUGACUAAUCAUCAAGAAAGGACUCACGCUUUUUGACAAAAUGGAACAUGUUCAUAUGAAUUGCAACCCUGAUAUUUAAAUAUAUAGAUUAAUUACUUAAUAGACGCUUCAUCUUAUCCCUUUCUCCCGAUUGUAAGAAUUUAAUAGACACGCGUACAACAAGAUAUAACACAAGGCGAUCUAUAGUACACAAGUAUAGUACACAAGCUAUAGUGGGGCUAGCUGUCGUCACAGUAGGAUAGUUAAGAGUUUAAGACUAUUAAGACGAUGUAGAAGUAACGCACGACAAAGUUACGAUAAGAAAAAUGGAAACAAGUCGGAAGUACGUACCAGCGUAAUAACUAUGCCUGUAUAGUUAAUCAGUUUAAAUAAGUACGAGAUACAAUGUGAUAUCCAUAAAUGCAUAUCAAAAGUUCAGAGGUCGAAGCUGGCCAUGGAAACAGGUAAAUCUGAUGUACAAGCUUAGGUUGUAUAUAACCCAGCUUUUGAGUAAUAGAAGAGCUUGCGUUAAAUUCACGCGUUACACACGUCCGUUGGGCGGAGAAAGGGAUGAGAUGAAAAUCCAGGGGGUUCGGGCGUAUGCCUGACCCACAUCUCCGCGUAACGAUCGACCCGGUCGCAUGGCUCUGAAAGAUAUCUAGCGACACCUUCGAACACUCUCAGAACGCGAACAAUCGUACCCUGAGAUACCAUAGCUAUAAGGGGCUCGGUGGGGCCCAACGGACUACAGGGCCUGUAGUACACGCAU